UUUUCUUCGGCAUUGAAUACAUUGUUCGUCUAUGGGGUUUGAUUAAAUUAAUUUUCAAUUUAGAAUUAUUUUUUAUAGCAGCUGGAUGUCGCUCCAAAUAUCUUGGAAUUUUAGGGCGUUUAAAGAUCUUUGUGUUGUUAUUGCUAGUCUUUUUGUUAUUUCUGUUGGAAGCGAGGGAAAGGUAUUUGCUACAAGUGCCAUUAGAGGAGUACGCUUUUUACAAAUCCUUCGCAUGUUGCAUGUGGACAGACAAGGAGGAACAUGGAGAUUACUUGGAUCGGUUGUCUUCAUUCAUAGACAGGAAUUAAUUACGACUCUGUACAUUGGCUUUCUUGGCCUAAUUUUUGCUUCAUAUUUUGUAUAUUUGGCUGAAAGGGAUACACAACAAAUUGGACCUGAUGGUCGUCCAGCAUUUGGAAGUUAUGCUGAUGCUCUAUGGUGGGGAGUGAUCACGAUGACAACAAUUGGCUAUGGAGAUGUUGUUCCACAAACGUGGAUUGGUAGAAUUGUGGCCUCUUGUUUUGCUAUAUUUGCCAUUAGCUUCUUUGCUCUUCCUGCAGGAAUACUCGGAUCAGGAUUUGCUUUAAAGGUGCAACAAAAACAAAGGCAAAAACAUUUUAACCGGCAAAUUCCUGCUGCUGCAACGCUUAUCCAGUGCAUCUGGCGUUGUUAUGCUGCAGAUAAAUCUUCCAAAUCCAUUGCCACUUGGUAA